UGCGGAGAGUAAAUCCCAAUUCUGUGCUCCAGGGCUCGGAUGACCAGCCGUUCCUUCCAGGUACCUGUCUGUUGCAGGCACUGACAGUUGUCAGAAGGUGGCUCCAAAUCACGCUUCUAUUUAGGAAGUUGCUGUAUACAACUCUACCUCAGCUUUUUGAUAAACAGACAUGGCUGUCACGCUGCAUACUGAUGUAGGAGAUAUUAAAAUUGAACUGUUCUGUGAGCGUACACCAAAGACUUGCGAAAAUUUCCUGGCUCUUUGUGCUAGUAACUACUACAAUGGAUGCAUAUUUCAUCGCAAUAUAAAGGGCUUCAUGGUUCAGACAGGGGAUCCAUUAGGCACUGGGAAAGGAGGUAACAGCAUCUGGGGCAAGAAGUUUGAAGAUGAAUUCAGUGAAUACCUAAAGCACAGUGUCCGUGGGGUAGUUUCAAUGGCAAACAAUGGUCCGAAUACCAAUGGAUCACAGUUCUUCAUCACUUAUGGCAAGCAACCACACCUAGACAUGAAGUACACUGUGUUUGGAAAAGUUAUUGAUGGCUUGGAGACCCUGGAUGAGCUAGAGAAGCUGCCUGUGAAUGAGAAAACCUACCGACCUCUAAAUGAUGUUCGCAUUAAAGAUAUUACAAUUCAUGCCAACCCUUUUGCUCUGUAGCCAGAGUGCCUCGACACAUUCUUUAGAGACUGGUCAGAUCGACUGCUGGGUUAUGGGGUUUAAAGUGUUAUUAUAAAGGGUUAUGUGAGCUGGAUCAUACCUUUGUUCAUUGAAUGCAGGAUUUUCAGGAGUUGUGAGAUUGAGUUGUCACAGAGGAGUCUUGUGCUUUAGAAGCCUGUUUUUCCAGAGUAUCUUCCAGGAUUUUUAUUUUAAAACAUUGCUUUUUAUACUUGUAAAAUAA